AUGUCUCUGAAUCUGGAGAAACAACUUGUCUUUUAUGGAGCAUACCACCAUAACAAAGUUAACGUGGGGAUACAUAUGCUUUGCGUACCUCCCAUCCUCUUGACAUCUUUUCUCCUUCUCACCAACACACCGGCCGUGCCGCUGCCAUCAUGGCUUUCCGUUCCCAAUCUCCCGCUCAACAUCGGCACCGCCGGAGCUGUACUCUACUCGACCCUAUAUGUCCUCAUGGAGCCUGUCGCAGGAGCCAUGAUUGCCCCGAUCCUUAUCGGUAGCACCGCGUAUGCGAAUCACCUCACGUCUACGUACGGCGCGUCAGUCAACUCUUGGGCUGGCGCAAUCAACAUUGCAUGCUGGAUUGCGCAGUUUGUCGGACAUGGAAAGUUUGAGGGAAGGGCGCCAGCAUUGCUAGACAACCUCAUUCAAGCCAUCUUCCUGGCUCCGUUCUUUGUCUGGUUCGAGGUUCUCUUCAUGCUCGGCUACCGUCCAGAGCUCAAACGUCGUAUAGAUCAGGCUGUUGAGCAAGAGAUCCAGAAGUUUCAGAAGAGCAAGGAAAAGGGUCAGAAUGGCUCGGCAAAAUAA